AUUUCUAAUUUUAUCAUUUUCCUUGUGUUGUGCAUUUCAAUGAGGAAGAUAGGCAUAUUUCAUGAAAGAAUAUUUUGCAUUCUUGUCCAUCAUACUACAGUAUUUGUACCGCGCAUCAUAAUACCGUGAUGCAAAUUAUAUGCAUUAGCGUUGCUUUUAUCACUGAAUUAUUCUGACAUCAAGACUGUUAGUUGAGUUAUAUAAGUUAUUGAAAAAAAUAAUGUGUUACCGUUUAAUGAUCGUUGAAAUAUUAUUUAUAUAUAUACAUGAUAUAUACAUAUGAUUUUUGCAUCGGAAAUAUCAUAAUUAAAUAUUGAAACGAAUUCUUAAAGUAGAUACAAAUUAGAAAAAUUACGAUCAGUUCGAAAAACCAUGGCUAAAAAGUCUCAAGAAAUGAAGGAAUGGAAUAUUGCUAGAAUGGGAAUUUCUUUGCUUUUAAAUAAUAAAACGGAGGAAGCAGAAGCUUUAUUUACCAAACAUCCACAUAGUUUCCAUAUAAAAGCAGGUCGCUGCUUUGUUUUAUUCAUAAAUGCAUUGAUGACCUUUGAAAACGACAAGCUUCAUCAAGCUAUAUUAUUGCUAAAGGAUAUGGAAAGGGAAUGUGCAAGUGAUAUAGGAUGGUUAAAAUCUAUGAAGAGUAAAGUCUUUAAAGCGGAAGAAACUGAUAAGGACUAUGUAAAUAAAUUGGAAAGGCAAAUUGUUCUGGCAGACUCGCAAGUUUGUUCGGCCAUAUUAAUAUUACUACAACAAGAACUUACUGGUUAUGUACGUGGUGGUUGGAUGUUACGUAAAGCUUGGCGAGUUUAUCAACAUGCACACUCGCAAAUCUUACAACUAUAUUACCGUACCUUUGGUUCUAAUCCAUCGGGAUUCGACACAAGAUGCAGUACCCCUUUCUGUAAUGGCUCUUCUUAUUCACUGCAAAGUCCACAUAGUCCAGGUUCUUCAGAAUGGUCUAUACCAUCUUCCAAUGGUUCAACAAACAACUUGGCACCGAUCUCAUCCCCUUCAGGUCUGCGAAGCUCACUAUCAAUGUUCUUCUCGCUCACUGGCAUCACGUCCGAACAACAGACACCCUUCGUUGAAUCUAACGAGGUCUCCCGAUUGAUGUCUGCAGUUAGUUUCGGUUAUGGGAUUUAUCAGUUAUGUGUCAGUUUAUUGCCAUCUUCUCUUUUAAAAGUGAUCCACUUUUUGGGCUUUGAAGGUGAUAGAGAAGCAGGACUCACUGCAUUGAUGUAUGCUCGACUUAGUGAAGAUAUGCGAGCUCCUCUUGCCUCUUUAUCUUUACUUUGGUAUCAUACAAUUGCACGACCAUUUUUUGCUCUUGAUGGAAGUAAUCUCCGUGCCGGUGUAAAUGACGCCAAACAAUUAAUAACAGAAUGCCAUCCAGAGUUUAAUAAUUCUGCUCUUUUUCUCUUUUUCGCUGGUCGAAUAGAGAGGCUUGAGUCAAAUGUAAAUGGUGCUCUUCAAGCAUAUGCAAAAGCUGUUGAAGCUUCAAGUCAAAGAGAGAUUAAAUUAUUAUGCCUACACGAAGUUGCUUGGUGUCAUCUGAUUCGUUUAAGUUAUGAAAAAGCUUAUAAAUCUUUGACACAAUUGCGACAGCAGUCUCGAUGGUCCGUGAGCUUCUAUGCUUAUUUAACAAUCGUUUGUUGUGGAGCGAUUGGUAAAUUUGAUAUUGUGGCCUCAUCUUAUCGAAAAAUUCUUCACUGUGACAAUCGAAUGAGUAAAGAAACACAAUUAGGUUUAUUCGUUUUACGUCGAAUACCUAAACUCCUAGAUCAAGAGACUGGACAGCCUUAUACAAUUUUGUACUACAGAUUGCUUGUUUAUGAAUUAUUAUAUUUAUGGAAUGCCAUGCCGUCCUGUUCUAUUGAUUCGUUACAAGGAAUACUUUUAGGUCCAUCAAAAAAUCAAAUCCAAGAUUAUGAGUACGAUCCGAUGAGCGUUCGAAACACGUACUGCUGUGUAAAUGGAGGAACCUGUCCAGCUAUUAUAUUGAAUUCCUCUCGAUCUCCUUGGUACUAUAAAUUCAUCAAACCAUUUGUAUUUUGCAUUAUUACAUCGUUGUUAGCAAUGUCCGUGUCUCAUUUGUGCGACAAAUAUUCAGCUAGUGCCACAUUCAAGAUAAUCAGAUCCGAUUUGGUGAAUCUACGAACACAUUUGAAUACUCUUUCGAUGGAAGUAAAGAACGUAAUGGAGACACGAGACGAUUUAAAGAGUAAGUUGAAAGAGGUUGGAUACGUGAUACCAAAAAUGUCUGAGGCCAUUCUCUAUUUAAGAAACGAAGUAUCCGAGGGGAUGGAGUUGCACACGAAAGCGUUGCUAAAGGCUAUGUCUCCAGAGGCCGUUCGAGAAUUGGUGAAAAAUGAACUGCAAACGUAUGAUGCUGACAAAACUGGAAGAACGGAUUAUGCGCUUGCAAAUUCAGGUGGUGCAAUUCUCUCGACGAGGGAUACAGAAACAUAUUCAGCUGGUGCACCGGUAUUGAAACUUUUUGGUAUACCGAUCUGUCAGCAACAAAAUAUACCUCAGGCUAUAAUUCAGACUGGUGUCCUCCCGGGUGAAUGUUGGGCAUUUAAAGGCAGUAGAGGAGAUGUUGUCAUACAAUUACUCGGUUUUGUACACAUAACUGGAGUAAGUCUGGAACAUAUUCCACAAUCGAUUUCUCCCACAGGAGAAACGAGUACCGCCCCAAAAGAAUUUUCUAUUUGGGGCUUAACGAACAUAGAUGAUACAAAUCCUUUCUUAUUUGGUGAAUUCAUAUACGAUAAUACUGGUCCUCCUGUACAAUAUUUUGAAGUUGAGCAUACAUCGAAGAAUGCAUAUGAAAUAAUUGAAUUAAAAGUUCAUUCCAAUAGUGGUAAUAAUGAAUACACCUGCAUCUACAGAAUAAGAAUUCAUGGUACCUUAAGCAAAGAUAGUGGAUAAUUUUCUCUUAAAUAAUUAUUUAAUAAUUAUGGAUCAAAAGUAGAAAUUUUUGCAUGGAUUUCGCGAUUAAAGGAACUGAUAGUUGAGAAUUAUAUUAUAAGAUUGA